CUUGUUUCCACUGUUCAUUGCUACUUCGGGCUCAACUCAUGACACCCUUCUUUAUAUAUAUAUAUUCUAUUCUUACACCCAUUCCAAAAAAUUAUUCCGAUAGCUUUUGUCCAUCCUCAGAAAGAGUCCAUUAUUAUCUACCCACAACACCCCUAGCAGAGCCUGCCUGAACUUCUUGACAAUAAGCUACACCCGAGCUCCGUUUCUUUUUCCAACAGAGGAUACUGGGCUCACUGCAUUUCUCAUACUUCCCCGGUAUACAGCGCUGAACAUUGGUGCUACAAUGGGAACGACUGUCCGCCGCAAUCUCUUCCACCACCACCACCUCAGCAAACGCUCCGUGUCAGUCGCUCCCUCCAAUGCCUCUGCGCAAGGUGGUACAAACGGCGGAUUGCCCGGCCUCUCCUCUCAUAAUAUGUCAUCUGCGCCGUCUGAACCGAGCCAGUCGUCGAGUUCCGGCAUGGUUGAUGCUGGGGAGAUCGUGGUGAAGGACAACAAUGGUACUUAUAAACUCGACAUUCCCAUCCUUCCGCCCGUCGUUGGGGAGGACGAGGAUGAGAUGGAGGGCAUAAAAGAAGACGGAGCUGCUAGAGGAUCCGGGGCUACAGGCGCAGAUACCACAGCGCAGACGGAAAUCAGCGGACGUGAAAAGGAGAAGAUUGAGGCAAGUCUGGUAGAGUUGAUGUACCGGAACCGAAACAGACAAAUGAGCAGCGAACCAGCUGAAAUCCUAAAUCUUAUCCAUCAAAGCCUUCGCCACAAAGUGGCCUCUUUAGAUGAAGACAAUUGGAUAUACGAGUCAGAACCUGAUUCGCGGUUCUAGUUAAUGCCCCCAUCCACUUCGCUGCAUUUGUAUCUUCAUGUCAAGUUGU